UUUCAGUUUUUGCAGGGAUUCUACUGAAAAAAGGAGGCUCUGUCACCAGGCCCUGUAAAGGUUUGCUAUCUUUCUUACAAUGGAAAGGCUGGUUAUCUAUCUAUUGGUUAUUAGCACUGCUGUGAAGGCUAUGAUGUGUCCAAAACGGUGUAUGUGUCAAAACCUAUCUCCAUCCUUCACCAUCCUCUGUACGAAGACUGGGCUUCUCUUUGUGCCCCCCAGCAUUGACAGGAGAACAGCAGAACUAAGAUUAAUGGAUAACUUCAUCACCACACUUAGAAGAAAGGAUUUUGCAAACAUGACAAACCUUAUUCAUUUGACACUAUCAAGAAAUACAAUAAGUCAAAUCAUGCCUUAUGCAUUUUUUGAUCUUAAAGGCCUUCAUGCAUUACAUUUGGAUAGUAACAGACUGACUUCUAUCAAUGAGGAUCAUUUCAAAGGUUUAAUUAAUCUUCGCCACUUAAUACUCAGUAACAAUCAAUUGAACUAUAUUUCUCCUGGAUCUUUAGAUGACUUUAUUGAAACACUUGAGGACCUGGAUCUAUCAUAUAAUAAUCUUGUUAAUAUUCCUUGGGAUACAAUUGGAAAGCUUUCUAAUGUCAAUACAAUCAGUUUGGAUCACAACCUCAUUGAGUUUGUUCCAGAAGGAAUCUUCUCAAACCUUCACAAACUUGCUCGAUUGGACAUGACAUCCAACAAAUUGAAAAAAAUUCCCCCUGAUCCCCUGUUCUCUAGGAUCCCUGUGUAUGCUAAAUCUAAAGGGUCUCCAUUGUCCUCUCUGGUGCUUAGCUUUGGAGGGAAUCCUCUACACUGCAACUGUGAAUUAGUGUGGCUGAGACGCCUUACCAGAGAAGAUGAUCUAGAAACAUGUGCCUCACCACCAGAAUUGAUGGCCAAGUACUUUUGGUCCAUUAAAGAGCAGGAGUUUGUCUGUGAACCUCCAAUGAUAACACAUCGAACGCCAAAACUGGUGGUUAUGGAGGGCCAGAGUGUCUCUUUGAAGUGCAAAGCGGUCGGUGACCCAGAUCCCUAUGUUCGCUGGAUCUCCCCCGAAGGGAAGUUGGUCUCCAAUACGUCUAGGACAAUUUCCUAUGAGAAUGGAACUUUGGAUAUUUUGACUACUACUUUGACAGAAAAAGGUACAUUUACCUGUAUAGCAUCGAAUGCUGCAGGAGAGUCUACAGCUUCUGUUGAACUUGUUGUUAAUCCUUAUCCUCAUCUUGCUAACAGUACCAACUGUGAUAAAGAUGCUGAGUCUGGGCCUUCAGACAUUCUUAUAUCUGCUAAGUCAAGUUUCCCUAAUGAAACUAAAGCUCAGCAAGAGAAGAAGGUUGUGGUUGCUGAGCUGACCUCAUCCUCUGCUCUCAUACAGUGGCCUUCCCAGCAUCAUAUCCCUGGAAUACGAAUGUACCAGAUUCAGUAUAACAGCUCUUCUGAUGAUAUACUAGUUUACAGGAUGAUCCCGGCCAUUAGCAAAUCCUUCUUCCUGACUGAUCUGGUUGCAGGACGUGAGUAUGACCUUUGUGUUCUCGCUGUUUAUGAUGAUGGAUUGACAUCUCUAACUGCAACCAGGGUGAUUGGGUGUGUGCAGUUCACCACACAAGAAGAAUAUAAGCAGUGCCGCUCUCUUCAUGCCCAGUUUCUUGGAGGAACCAUGAUCAUCAUUAUUGGUGGAAUAAUUGUGGCUUCUGUUCUUGUUUUCAUCUUCAUUCUUCUCAUGAAGUAUAAAGUCUACAACAAUCACCACAAAAAUAAAAAUACUAAAGUUAAUAAUGUCUGCUCUCAGACCAAUGGUAGUCAGAGUGGGUCAAUGGCUCAUUCUGCUUCCAAACUCACAGAGAGACGGGAAAGUUUGCAUCAGGAAUGCUCAGGAACUUCCAUCAAAGGCAAAACUGUUGUAGAUUUGGAUUGUGAAAGAGUGACUCUUACUGACACAACCUUUUUAACAACUGAAGCGUUAUCUCAAUAGCAAUGUGACAAAGCAGAACACGCCACACGAGCCAAGGUGGUAUCGCUUAAAACAUUUUAAUGCGAGUGGUUGUAUUUUAAGCUUCACUACUAUUGUCUAUUUUUAAGAUCAGAUGGUUUAAAAAAUAUUUUUUUAAUCUGUAAAACAGUUCCUGCAUUCUUAACUAUUUUUGUUUCAAUAUAUUAAAUAUAAAGUGUGUGAUUUA